GGAGUCUCGCGAAGUGUAAUCUAUCUGUUUGAAGUCACUCAGUAGCGCGCCAUCACAAGAAAGGCCCCGUAACCGACCAUGUUUACUCCCGUGUCAUUCGUUGUCCUGGCUUUCUUUGCAAGCCUCCUCGAUCAGUUCCGAGGCCAGGGGCUCCCUGAUGGCUGCAAGCUGCAGGACGGUUGCUACGAGGCAGCAACUAGAGAUGCCUUCGAGGUUGUUAACAAGCAUGACCAACUUGUCCCGCUCUGCGAAGCGUUGAAGAAUGAAACUGGAUUCCAAGACUGUGGUGCUACGUACGGCAACGGCAGCUGCGACACCAAUCCAUGGACGGAGCCGGUGAACGCCUUGGUGGAGAGCCUAUGCAGUGAGGAAAACUUGCGUGUUUUCUCCACGCCUCAGUUGCCUCACGGCCAGUGCUUCCACCUUAACUUUGCCAUCGAGUGUGUCGCCAAGUCACUAGUCCAGUACGAGAGCAUCGGCAACUUCCUGCGCUCAGAACGCAAUGAGACCGUGUGCAGUGACGUUUCGACGGAGCUACGCCGCUGCGCUGCUGGCGUCUACGAAGGCUGUAACCAGAAGGAGCCCAUACGGACAGCCCUCAAUGGUGUGAUGGGUGCCCUCAUAAAGUCUAUUGGCUGCCAGGACACGAAACCUGCCGAUGGCCCUCACAAUGGUGACCAGGCUCCGACGCCACAGGCGCCAGUGUCCUCGGGCAGCAGUGACUGUGAGACCAAAAUGACGCACGUGACGGCCUGUCUGCGCGAAAUCCUCAGCCCGAAUACAAUCGCCAAUGAACUACUCGAGAAAGUACGAACCCAGCCAAUGGACUACGACGACACUUUUUGCAGGACAUACGAGAACGUGAUUGGGUGCAAGAAGAACAUCCUAAGCAGCGAUUGUUACACCAAGGCUGCCCGAAAUGCUCUGGAGAGGAACAUCAAUGCCUUCGACACGGCGCGCAACUGGCUAUGUGACGACGGGCGGGCCAAACUGCGUGAAUUUGCUGGCAAAUUUCACAACGAUGGUUGCAGCCCGAAUGAUGAUGCCAUUACCGAGUGCUCCAACGCAUUCGUGCACAACGUUUCUCAAUCUGGAUCCGCUCUGUCUCAUGGCGCGGCAAACAAGCUUUUCCAGGACCAGAUAGAUUGCAUCCGGAGCGAGUUCCAGAGUUGCCAAGUCUCCCUCGCCGUUGUUGACGGCUACCUACAAGCCGCACGCACGGCGUUUGUCACUGUUAAGGCUUCCGGUGCGACCAGAGCAUCCGCGAGCUUGCCUUGCCUGUUAGCAAUAGCUUUAUUCUUUGCAGGAGUGAUAGUCGAACGCGUGGUUUCUGUAUCUUUGUGAACGGCACGGAGGGAUCUGAGCAGCACUGCAGGAAAUAAGGCAGAGAAUGCAGUAUUGCGAAAGUUGUGAUCUCAAAUAGAUUUGGCUCAUACAACAUUGGUGUAUGACGUCAAACAAGCCCUGCCUUAGAAACUGUGUUCUCCGUUGGCACACAGUCACGGUGUUCUUACCAAUAUUUGACGCACACGUGGCGGCAUUUUAGCGGCGAGCUGUGCUAAAAUGUAGUUUGAUUCUCGCCGUAAUU